CAUCACUGUGCGCCGCUCCCAGGCGCCUCAAGGUCGCUUUGCGGAGCGGGAGGGGUGCGUCAGUGACCCGUCCUGUGUAGGCUCGUCGGCGACAUGUCGGGGUACACGCCGGAUGAGAAGCUGCGGCUGCAGCAGCUGCGGGAGCUAAGGAGACGAUGGCUGAAGGACCAGGAGCUGAGUCCCCGGGAGCCUGUGCUGCCCCCGCGCAGGAUGUGGCCCCUGGAGCGAUUCUGGGAUAACUUUUUGAGGGACGGGGCCGCGUGGAAGAACAUGGUCUUUAAGGCGUACCGCUCCAGUCUCUUCGCUGUUUCUCAUGUGCUUAUACCUAUGUGGUUUAUUCACUAUUACGUCAAAUAUCAUAUGGCUACUAAACCAUACACCAUUGUUAGCUCGAAGCCCAGGAUAUUUCCAGGUGAUACAAUUCUGGAGACUGGAGAAGUAAUUCCACCAAUGAGAGAUUUUCCUGAUCAACAUCAUUGAAGAGUCCUUAAAAACUUAACAGACUUGUGUAACAGCACAAGUAUGUUCCUAAAGUCCUGUCUUUACUGAAUCUGUUUCCUGGAAAGUAAUUAAUAAAGCUUAUUCUCAGAGUGUUA